AUGGCAGCGACUCCAUCAAGUAACCAGCCUGUCGAGGCCGCGCCGGCAGCGGACCUGGAGAAGCUCAAGAUUGCUGAGGACGCAGCCAGCGCUGAAGUCCCCGCGCACAGGUCGCAUGACCCAGCGAGCAACUUGAAGAGAAGCGAUCCGUUUCAGUUUGGCAGUCGCUAUCUGACCGAGGGAGACAACGUCUACGAGUUCAACGCCUGGGAUCAUGUGGAAACUGACGAUGCGUACAAGGAGUAUACUGAGCAGCAGCUGGAAAAGCAGCGCCAGGCUCCUGUUUCUGACUUUGACAAGAGCAGAUUCAACGGUAAUCCUGAAAAGUGGUGGAAUCUUUUCUACAAGAACAACACCUCCAACUUUUUCAAGAACCGAAAAUGGCUCCAGCAGGAGUUCCCCAUCUUGGCCACCGUAACGGAAGAAGAUGCUGGCGCCAAGGUCAUCCUGGAAAUUGGUGCCGGCGCCGGCAACACGGCUUUUCCUAUCCUCGCCAACAACAAGAACUCCCAACUUAAGAUUCACGCCUGUGACUUCUCCAAGACAGCCGUAGAAGUCAUGCGCAAGCAUGAAGAGUACAUUUCAGAGCAAAUCCAAGCCGAUGUGUGGGACGUCGCAGCCCAAGAGCUGCCACCCGACCUCGAAGAGGGAUCCGUAGAUGUGGCCAUUUUGAUCUUCAUCUUCUCGGCGCUAUCGCCAAAGGAGUGGUCUCGCGCGGUGCACAAUGUCCACAGGCUGCUGAAGCCCGGCGGCUCUGUCCUCUUCCGUGACUACGGAAGAGGCGAUCUGGCCCAGGUGCGCUUUCGCAAGGGCCGCUAUCUGGAAGAAAACUUUUACAUUCGCGGUGACGGCACGCGCGUGUACUUUUUCGACCGCGACGAGCUCGCCGAUAUUUGGUUGGGCAAAACGGCCGAGGCAAGCGGCCAGGCUGACGCCCCCAAAUUUUCAAUUGACCACCUCGGCGUUGAUCGUCGGUUACUGGUCAACCGUGCGGAACAGAAGAAAAUGUAUAGAUGCUGGCUGCAAGGGCGUUUUACGAAACAAUAG